CCCUCCGCGCUCCCCGCCCUCUCCUGCGCCUCUCCUCCUCCGCCCCGCGCCCUGCGGUGCUGCAGCUGCGGGCGGCUCCAGCUGCCCCCAGAUGUGGGCUGGGCAGCGCGCGGGGAACUUUCGCGCCGGCUGCGAGUGCGGGGCACCGGCUGCGGUCGGGCUGCCAUGGAUCCGCCGGCGGGAGCCGCUCGCCGCCUGCUCUGCCCCGCUCUGCUGCUGCUGCUGCUGCCGCCGCCGCCGCUCCUGCUGCUGCCGCCGCCACCCGCGAGCGCCCGGCUCGCCGCCGCUACCGAGCCCCCAGGCGGGCCCCCAGGGCACGGAGCCGAGCGCAUCCUGGUGGUGCCAGUGCGCACUGACGCCCAGGGCCGCUUGGUAUCCCACGUGGUGUCUUCGGAGACGGCUGGGGCGGGGGUACGAGCCCGCAGAGCCGCCCCGGUCCAAACCUCAGGCUUGCCCGGAGGCGACGUGCAGGACCCUGGGGACCGCCUCUUCUACAACCUCACGGUCUUUGGCCGAGACCUGCACCUGCGGCUGCGGCCCAACGCUCGCCUCGUGGCUCCGGGGGCCACCGUGGAGUGGCAGAGUGAGACGGGUGACACCCGGGUGGAGCCCCUGCUUGGGACCUGUCUCUACGUUGGAGACGUGGCCGGCUUAGCCAAAGCCUCCUCAGUGGCGCUCAGUAACUGUGAUGGGCUGGCUGGUCUGAUCCGUAUGGAGGAGGAGGAGUUCUUUAUUGAGCCCCUGGAGAAGGGUCAGGCGGAUCGGGAGGCUGAACAAGGCCGAGUGCACGUGGUGUAUCGCAGACCACCCACUCCCAAAUCCCCUCCUCUGGCGGGGCCACAGGUUCUGGACACAGGAGCCUCCCGGGGCAGCCUGGAGAGCCUCAGCCGAGCCCUGGGCGUCCUGGAGGAGCACAUCACCAGCUCCCGGCGGAGGGUGCGCAGGCACGCCACCGACGAUGACUACAACAUCGAGGUCCUGCUGGGCGUGGAUGACUCAGUGGUCCAGUUCCACGGGACGGAGCACGUGCAGAAGUACCUGCUGACACUCAUGAACAUUGUCAAUGAAAUCUACCAUGAUGAGUCCCUGGGGGCCCACAUCAAUGUUGUGCUGGUGAGGAUCAUCCUUCUGAGCCAUGAGAAGUCCAUGAGCCUCAUUGAGAUUGGGAAUCCCUCUCAGAGUCUGGAGAAUGUCUGCCGCUGGGCCUACCUCCAGCAGAAGCCGGACACCGACCACGACGAGUACCAUGAUCAUGCCAUCUUCCUCACACGGCAGGACUUCGGGCCCUCGGGCAUGCAAGGCUAUGCUCCUGUCACGGGGAUGUGCCACCCGGUCCGCAGCUGCACCCUGAACCAUGAGGACGGCUUCUCCUCGGCAUUUGUGGUGGCUCACGAGACUGGCCAUGUGCUGGGCAUGGAGCAUGAUGGGCAAGGCAACCGCUGCGGUGACGAGGUACGGCUGGGCAGCAUCAUGGCACCCUUGGUCCAGGCUGCCUUCCAUCGAUUCCACUGGUCCCGCUGCAGCCAGCAGGAGCUCGGCCGCUACCUGCAUUCCUAUGACUGCCUGCGUGACGAUCCCUUCGCCCACGACUGGCCGGCUUUGCCUCAGCUCCCAGGGCUGCACUAUUCCAUGAACGAGCAGUGUCGAUUCGACUUUGGCCUGGGCUACAUGAUGUGCACUGCGUUCCGGACCUUUGACCCCUGCAAACAGCUGUGGUGCAGUCACCCCGACAACCCUUACUUUUGCAAAACAAAGAAGGGUCCCCCACUGGACGGGACUAUGUGUGCACCUGGCAAGCAUUGCUUUAAAGGUCACUGCAUCUGGCUGACACCUGACAUCCUCAAACGAGAUGGCAACUGGGGUGCCUGGACUCCAUUCGGCUCCUGCUCACGCACGUGCGGCACAGGUGUAAAGUUCAGGACCCGCCAGUGUGACAACCCACACCCAGCCAACGGGGGCCGCACCUGCUCUGGCCUGGCCUACGACUUCCAGCUCUGCAACCCCCAGGACUGCCCCAAUGCCCUGGCUGACUUCCGGGAGGAGCAGUGCCGCCAGUGGGACCUGUACUUUGAGCACGGCGAUGCCCAACACCACUGGCUGCCCCAUGAGCACCGGGAUGCCAAGGAGAGAUGCCACCUCUAUUGUGAAUCCAAAGAGACAGGGGAGGUGGUGUCCAUGAAGCGCAUGGUGCAUGAUGGGACACGCUGCUCCUACAAGGACGCCUUUAGCCUCUGUGUGCGUGGGGACUGCAGGAAGGUGGGCUGUGAUGGGGUAAUUGGCUCCCGCAAGCAGGAGGACAAGUGCGGCGUGUGUGGAGGUGACAACACCCACUGUAAAGUGGUGAAGGGCACGUUCACGAGGUCACCCAGGAAGCAAGAGUACAUCAAGAUGUUUGAGAUCCCCGCUGGAGCCAGACACCUGCUCAUCCAGGAAGCUGACACCACCAGCCACCAUCUGUCUGUCAAGAACCUGGAGACAGGCAAGUUCAUCUUAAAUGAAGAGAAUCACUUGGACCCCAAUUCUAGAACCUUCAUCGCCAUGGGUGUGGAGUGGGAAUACAGGAAUGAAGAUGAGAGGGAAACGCUGCAGACCAUGGGCCCGCUCCAUGGAACCAUCACUGUCCUGGUUAUCCCCGAAGGAGACUCUCGGAUCUCACUGACGUACAAAUACAUGAUCCAUGAGGACUCGCUCAAUGUCGACGACAACAACGUCCUGGAAGACGACUCUGUGCGCCAUGAGUGGGCUCUGAAAAAGUGGUCUCCCUGCUCCAAGCCCUGCGGUGGAGGGUCCCAGUUCACCAAGUAUGGCUGCCGCAGGAGGCUGGACAGCAAGAUGGUGCACCGAGCCUUCUGCAGUGCCCUGGCCAAGCCCAAAGCCAUUCGCCGAGCUUGCAACCCUCAGGAGUGCUCCCAGCCUGUGUGGGUCACCGGUGAGUGGGAGCCUUGCAGUCAGAGCUGUGGGCGAACCGGCAUGCAGGUGCGCUCCGUACGCUGUAUUCAACCCUUGCACAACAACACCACCCGCUCUGUGCACACCAAACACUGCAACGACCACCGUCCUGAGAGCCGUAGGGCCUGCAACCGUGAGCUCUGCCCUGGGCGGUGGCGGGCUGGGUCCUGGUCCCAGUGUUCGGUAACUUGUGGCAACGGCACCCAGGAGCGACCAGUCCUCUGCCGCACUGCAGAUGAUAAUUUCGGUGUCUGCCGGGAGGAACGGCCCGAGACAGCAAGGAUCUGCAGGCUUGCACCCUGUCCCCGAAACAUCUCGGAUCCCUCCAAGAAGAGCUACGUGGUUCAGUGGCUGUCCCGGCCUGACCCUGACUCACCCAUCCGGAAGAUCUCGUCAAAGGGCCAGUGCCAAGGCGACAAGUCAAUGUUCUGUAGGAUGGAAGUCUUGUCUCGCUAUUGCUCCAUCCCCAGCUACAACAAACUCUGCUGCAAGUCUUGCAACGCGCCCGGCAACCUCAGCCUCACAGAGGAUGCAGGCGUGGACCCUCCACCGGGGAAGCACAAUGACAUCGAUGUGUUCAUGCCCACACUCCCGGGACCCACGGUAGCCACACAGGUGCAGCCUUUGUCAGGGCCUCCCUUGGAGGUCCCCCUCAAUGCCUCCAGCAUCAAUGUCACGGAGGACCACCCAGAAACCAAUGCUGUGGAUGUCCCCUACAAGAUCCAUGGUGUGGAUGAAGAGGUCCAGUCUACCAACCUGAUCCCUCGACGACCGAGCCUGAAUGUAAAGACGAGGAACCAAAGAAUCCAGGAGCUCCUUAGUGCAGUGCAGAGAAAAGAGAAGGCCGGAAAGUUCUAAUAAAAUGGAAAGAUUCGCAUCACCAGCUUCUUCCCCUUGCUUAUAGCUCUAUUCCAUGGGAUGGCAAAUCCUGUAUUGUGCUUCCGAAAGGUUUGGAAAAUAAUACAAAAGGAUAUAUAUGGAGAGGGGUGGGCAUGUGACAACCAGCCUAGCAUGUACUUUCCAGGCUAGGAAUGACCUAAAUCUUGUGGUGAUCUUAGGUUUAGAGUGGAAUAUCCAAGUUCCCUAGUUUCUAUCAAUGUUGGGAGGUCAAGAGGAAUGACUCUGAGAGAGAAAAAACUUGGCUCCAACUUACUAAGCAGUAGUUGAGAACCUCCAUUUCCUUGGUGAUAAUCCCCAAGGCAUGAGACCACUGGGGACAAUUAAGUGACAUGAUCAGUUGCCAGGUUGAGUACACUGAAGUGGAGGUCAUGAGCCAAAAUGACCUCAGAGGCCAGGCAGAUGAGUGGAUAAGUGUGGUAGUAGCUAGGAGUGGACUUUAACCAAACAGAGAGCAGCAUCUAUCUAGGGCUGUUGGUAUGCUCCAACCAACCAGAGCGCAGCAUCUAUCUAGGGCUGUUGGUAGACUCCAGCUCUAGCUGCCAGUGUGACGUUUCUGCCUUACCAACCUGGCCUUGUCCUAUGUUGCACAACCAGCGAUCUGGGUUUCCUGUACUCAAAAUAUAUUAACUUGCAGGGGUGGGAGUAGGAGAAGACCUGGGAGUUUUAGGUCUACACCCGCCAGGCUAUAACCGCUGGUCUAGUUAUCUGGUGCAGUUUCAACAUCUGGUGCUCAUGGUGUACAGUGUUUUGAUCUCAGCCGAGCAUGGGCUGUGCACCUAUCUAGCUCUUUCCAGGAAAGUGAUGAGACUUCUAUAAUGGGGAUAUGAGGACAGUUGCAAACAGGAGCCAUUGGGUCAAAGGCAACAAGGAUUCUCUCCUCUCCACUCACCUUGGCCUUGCUUGCUGCCUCCCAGGCUCUGGUGGACGAGCCCCAGUAUUCUUCUCUGGCCAGCCUGGGCCAAGGCCACAGAGAGGAAGGAUGUCCUCUGCUGGGGUGACCCAGCUUGUGACCCAAGGCCCAGGACUCUCCCUUUGCUGGGCUCCCAGUACCACCACUAGGGUGGUGAGGUACUCAGGUUAAGAGGGUGGGUUUUGCCUGUAGUCUGACCUUGGCCUUGCCCACUUCCAACCUUUAGAAGUUAUAGAACCCAACAACACUG